AACAAUGAAGCGCCCACCGAUCGAUACAUCAAACACCUUCUUCCCCCGCCGCUCGCCUUUCCUCGCUCCGCCUCGCAUUUGACCAAUGUUCGGCCGCGAAACCGUCUCGCUCGUGAGUCUUCCCAUUCAGUCGUCUGCCAGACCGAUGAUGCCGCCCAAAAAAAAAAUCGCUAGAUCCAGAAAAGUGCGACCAGUGCCACAGGAGUAUCGAAGGGCAAAGAAAGGAACAGCAACAUGAGCCCGCUAUGCAGAACAGCCUCUCCAUUAUAGAUUUUCCGAGCUAAGUUUACGCUUUUUGUCCGUUCGUGUUUGCAGAUUCUGAUUCUUUGCGUAGCGCUCGAUCGAUCGUCCUAGCAAAUCAUCCAGGGGACAGCCAGGUCCAAGUGUGUCUUUGUGAUUGUGUGUAUGAAAGGUAUGAGCGCGAGCCAUGUUGGUGACAAUGGUGAUGGUACAGUACAUUAGAUGACGGAGGACAGGUCGUUCAUUUCGUCAUGACGGGACGCAGAGCCGGAUGAUGAGAGGGGGAGAAAAGCAGACGGAGCCGACAAGCAGGACGAGAACGCAAGCUCUUAAGCCUGCGCACCGCCUCUAGCAGCGCCGCGACCUGGAGUGAACCCACCACGACCACCACUGCCACGAGGAGCGCCGUUGC